UUGUACUUUUCAAGAGUGUACAUAGGCGAAGUCUAGCCAAACGCUAAUCUACUUAACCUAUUUAAAAAAUGUAAGCAAAAUUAUUUUAGAUAGCACAACAGAAAGAAAAUAAUUAACAUUUAUAAUGGUAACACUAAUAGUAAUAUAAAAAUAAACAGAUAUACAUCCAUUGGUCCAUAAAAAUCAAAAAUUAUAAAAUAAGAAAUACCUACUGACAAUUUAGCUAUUCUGUUUUGUUAAAAAAUGCAGCUUUAGUUUUUUCUUGAAACCCGCUACUGACAUUUUUUUUAUAGGAUUCGGAACAAGGUCAUUGUAAAUUGCCACAGCAUUAUACAGAAAACUACGACGAAAGAAGGCUGUUUGAUAUCUAGGAAUUGACAACUUAUUUAUAAAUCUUAGAUUUGCUUCAUGUAAAUUUUUCCGAAAAGUAAGUUUUUUGCGGAGGUAGGGAGAAGUAGAAGACGUUAGCAGUCUAUGCACAAAAACCGCCAAUUGCAAAGAGAAUAGAUUUUCCACGCGCAGCCAACCAAGUUCACAUAGCCUUACAGAGACUAUCAUACUUUCUCAGUCCAUAAAUAAAUCUGCAGCAUUGAUUUUGCAGCUUCUGCAAAUGGUACGCAGUGAUUUUGUCUAAAAAUGGAAAAUAAACAAUAUUGCAGUAAUUCAUAAUAGGUAGUACUAAAGACUCACACAGUUUUUUUUCUUACUUUAAAAUUAAUUAUAUCUCUGUUUGCAUACAAUGGCUUUAAAGAAUAGUAUGACUUCUUAAUGAUAUUAAAAACAUGUAACUUAAAGCGCAAUUCAUCAUCCAAAAGCAAUCCAAGAUUUUUUGCACAUUUAAGCAUACUUAGCUGAUUACUUCCCUCAAAAAGCUUUAAACCGUCCAAUGCAAAUCUUUUUUUGUUCUCAGAGGUAAAGCACAUAACACAACACUUUGAAGGAUUGAGUUUUAAAUUAUUUUGAGAGGAAAAGAAGGAAAUUCUAGAAAGAUCGUCGUUUAUUUUAUUUGAUGCCUCUAAUACAGAUUCAGCUUUAAAAGAGUGAUAAAUUUGCAAACCAUCUGCGAACCCCUGGAUCUCGCAGUAUUUUACAACUUUAAACAAAUUAAAAACAUACAUCAGAAAUAAGAGAGGUCCCAAAACAGAUCCCUGAGGUACUCCAGAUGUAAUAUAUUUGGUAUUUGAAAAAGUCUGAUCUUCGAAGACCAUCAUUUGCCUUCUGUUGGAUAAGUAGGAUCUAAAAAACAUUUGAGAAACAUUUUCAAAGCCAUAAUAAGCCAAUUUUGCUAAAAGGAAAUGAUAAUCCAAGGUGUCAAAAGCUUUGGAAAAGUCAAGCAUUAUAAGUGCUGUGGAGUCACCUUUAUCCAUUGCAGAAAUUAUCUCUUGGGUAACGUUUAGUAAGACAGAUGUCUUGCUAUGUUGUUUUCUAAACGCAGAUUGUUUAUGCGGAAUAAUAUUAUUUGAGCUAAGUCAUAAAUUUGCGGCUGUAUAAACUUUUCCAAAACUUUAGCGAUGACCGGGAUUGAUCUAAGGUCGCAGAAAUUAGUCGGAUUAUUAACUUUAGCCAAAGGUGUUAAGAGAGAAGUUUUCCACAUACCAGGGAAAUACCCAGUUUCUAGGCAACAGUUUAUAAUAUGCGUAAUAUGUGAAGAUAGCUUUGGAAUAUAGUGUUGCAACAUUGACGCUGAUAUUGAAUCACAACCGUGUGCAUUUGAUUUUAGGUUUAAGACUAUUUUAGAAAUUUCCUCAACUUUGGCUAAUCGAAAUAAAAAAUUUAGAUCAUGCUUAAACUGCUUAUUCUAAAAAUUAGCAACUUCUUCCGGGCAACUACCUAACGGGCUAUGAAUCGGGCUGCCAUUCCUCCUGAUUUAGGUGGGAGUCUCCCGAUUUCUUGUCAACCCUCCCGCCUUUUAUUUUAAAUUAUAAAUCUCCCGCAACCUCCCGCUUUCAUAAAAUUUUACGCCAUUUAAAUCGAUACGUUAAAUAUAUCGAUACGUCUCUCACAUUUCUCCAUUUCUAAAAGAUCGCCCCCUUGCGUAGACAGUUGAAAAUACUUAUGACAUUAAUAUUGACAUUAUAAAAACCGGUGAUUCCCAUAGAUGAUCGUAGCAGCAGCGAGCUCGGUAUAAGUUCUCAUUAGUUUUUCGUUCGCCAGAAGUGAGAAAGUUAAGUGAGUUUUUUGAAUUUCUUUACGAGAUAGACUUUGCAAAAUAUGACUUUAAGCUCAAGUAGUAGUGAAUCGGAAAUAGACUGGCUUGGCCUUGAUCAAAAUGAAGAGAUAGGGGACGGGGUAGAAGAUUACGGCAAUAUAUCCGAUACCGAAUCGCUGCCGGGAACAAGUAAAACAUCGCAACAAAUACGGAAGCAUAAGCAUACGAUCGAGGAAAGCAAAAACACACAUCAAGGAGUGAAAAAGAAAAAGUGGGAUGUCAAAUUUAACAAAGUUUGGAAAGAAAAAUAUGAUUGGAUUUUUGAAGGUAAUUUAAAUACUGAGGCACAAUGUCGAGCGUGUCGUUGUCAAUUUUCCAUUAAACACGGCGGGGAAAACGACAUUGUUAAACACUUGAGGACAGAAAAACACACUCAAAAUGUUAAUGCAACAUCAAAAACUAAAUCAGUAAAUCGGUAUUUUUCAUCUAUGGCUGACAAGGAUUCUAUAGCAUUGGCUGAAUGUGCUUUUGUUUUUCAUGCGAUAAAAUAUGCUCAAAGGUAUGCCUCGGCAGAUUGUGCUGGAAAACUAUUUCCCCUGAUAUUCAAGGAUUCCAAAACAGCUGAGAAAUAUUCAUGCGGAAGAACAAAGGCGACUAAAAUAGUCACCAAAAUCUUAGGUCCGGAAAGUAAAAAUAUUAUUAAGAAGGAUUUAGCGAAUGACAAUCCUUUUUCCCUUGCAACAGAUGCCUCAAAUAAGGGAAAUAUCAAGACAUUCCCAUUGAUUGUUAAGUAUUUCCAAACCGAAAAAGGCGUUAGCACAAAGCUUUUAAAAUUUUAUUCAAAUUCAUCAGAAAAGUCAGUGGAUAUUGCUAAAUGCCUAAUUGAUGGUCUUGAUGAGGCAGGAUUAUCAAUUAAAAAUGUCACUGCUUACUGCGCUGAUAAUGCGUCGGUUAAUUUUGGAAAAAAACAGAGUGUUAUGACAGAGCUACACAAACAUAAUAAAAAUAUUUUACCCUUUGACUGUGUAUGCCAUAUUAUUCACAAUGCUGGCAAGUAUGGACAAAAUGUUAUAAGGUACGAUAUUGAAACUAUUGUAAUCAAAUGUUACAAUGAAUUUAGCAGCAGCUCAAAAAAAUUACAGAGCUUAAAGAUUUGUAUGUCUUUUGUGAACAAGAAUGGUCAGAGCUAUUACGUCCUGUUCCUACACGUUGGCUCUCAUUAAUUCCGGCAGUCGAACGUUUACUAAAACAUUUUGUUCCCAUCAAAUCAUAUUUUUUAUCUCGAGAAUCGUCACCUUUAAUUCUAAGAAUGUUUUUUGAAAACGAACUCGCUGAGGCUUAUUUAGGUAAGUAGAUGUUUUCGUUAUCCUUUAAUUAUUUUACUUCAAACAAAAAACAUUUUAGGGCUUAUUUUAAACAUAGGAACUGCCAUGAAUGCGGCAAUUUCUAAAUUGGAAUCCGAAAGUGCCUUAGCAGUAGAAUUGUUUGGAAUCAUGGAUACUUUAAGACGAUCCUUGGUGAUGAAAAGGGAACAGAAGUUUUAUGGCUCAAUAGCCCUUUCUCUAGUACGAAAAUGUGAUAAUUUAGAUAUUGUAAAUAUUUUUAAGAAAGAAGCUGAUUCGUUAAUUGGGAGAAUCGUAGAAUAUUUAGAAAAAUGGUAUGACUUUACUGACAACAACAAAUGUAAAUACUUGAAAGCAAUGGAUUUGAGGACUAAUCCAAGAUUGGAGGAUUUUAUGAAAAUUUCAGAAGAAUUUAGUAUUGACAUAGAUGUUGAUUUAUUGUUUGAAGAAUUUGUGAACCUUUCAUCUUUUUUAGAAAAUCUUCCCGAAAAAUUUUCAGAUUUUAAAAUUGACCAACAAUGGGUUUAUUAUUUUAAAACAAAUAAGUCUCCGAAUUAUUCUAAAAUAUGUUCUUGUGUUUUUUCUCUUCCCCACUCUAAUGCCAUGUGUGAAAGAUUUUUUAGUUUAAUGUUUAUAGCGUGGAGAAAAGAAAGAAAUUCUCUUUCUAUAGAAACCUUAGAGUCAGAAUUAAUGAUUAAGCAUAACUUUACCGAAACUUGCCAAGAAUUUGUAAAAUUUUUAGAAAAAGAUGGGAAAAACAUUAUUGGUAAAGUAGGGACCAGCUUAAAAUAUUUUUAAUUUAAGGAUUUAUUCGAGUUAUUUUAAGGCGUAACUCUGGCAUAAUAAUUGCCAAAAACGAGGCAAAAUAAUAUAUGUUUUUUUUUGCGUUAGGUAUGUUUAAUUUUUUUUGAAGUGUUUAAUAUAUGUAUCUUAAUUAUGUAAUUAAUAAGCUAAAGAAUAUAUUUUUUAAUGUUAUGUUUAGUUUUUUUGUAGCGUUAAAAUAAAAUACAUGUUGUUUUUGUUAACGAGGUCAAAGAAUAUAUUUUUAUUUUUUCUUUAUGUUUAAAAUUUUUAAAGUACACACAUAUGUUUAUAAUACCAGCUCUAAAACUAAUUCAUGGCUCCGAAAAAAAAAUUGCCUGCGGCAUGACUCGAAACUCGAACAUGCCAUGCUCCCGAUUUCUACUUUUAAAAAUAUGGCAGCCCUAGCUAUGAAUUGAAGCAAAAUAGUCAUUAAUUUUAUUUGGACUCGGAGAUUUAAAGGAAUAGAACGAUAAGAGACAUUUUUUAGACUUAGAUUAUUAGUAGCUCUCCAUAACUGUUUACUAUCUUUGAUGUUCUGAUGAAAUUGCAGAUAAUUUCUUUUUUCUCGCCUAAUCAUUCCCACCACAAGACUACGCAUCUGUCUAUAAUAUGCCCAAUCUGUCAAAUUUUUACACUUUUUAAAACUUGACAAUGCCUUAUUUUAUUCUUAUAAAAAGCUGCACAUUUGCAGUUAUCCACGGGGUAUAAGGCUUAGAAAUUUUUGACAUCGUA